GACACUUUGGGAAGUGGUUAAGAUGAAAAGUUGUGAUAAUUAGCCUAUGUUCGAAAACUGGAGCCACCAAAUCCCAAAGGACCCUCUGCAGAUAAAACUAUGAGGAGCAGACUGAGGAGACUCUCAGGUUGUUCUCCUGCUGCAGCCCUGGACAGCUGAUCCUCCUCACCGCUGAUCUCCUGCCGCAGGAACCUCGCAGGAUCCGGGUCCAGGGAGGCGCAGAGGGAGGCAGAGCGUAAAGAGCGCGUCUUCCUCGCGUCAUGUUGGGACACGGGAAGAAAGCAGCCCCGGUGCUGAAGAAUGGAGCCGGGACGUCCGAGUCAAAGGCCAUCGACCCCCUGAGGAAUCUAGGUGUGCAGGAUGAUGAAAAUGUGAAACGGAUGCUGCAGGGCUCUAGUAUGAUAAAGGUGCGUUCACCUCGCUGGCAGAAGAGACGGACUCUGAAGCUGCUGGAGGACGGCGUCACGGUCUGGUGUCAGUCCCACAAAACCUCCAGCCGAGCCAAGGAGCAACAAUCCUUCUCUAUCAUGGAUGUGGAGUGUGUUCGGGAGGGUUGCCAGUCAGAGACGUUUCGGCCGAUGCAUGGCUCCGUACCGGAGGGCCGGUGUUUGACGGUGGUCUUCAAAGGGGCCCGCAAGAGCCUGGAUCUCCUCUGCCAGAGCCCGGAGGAGGCUCAGAACUGGGCCCGCGGCAUCAGAAUCCUGCAGGAGAGAGUGGAGAACAUGACGCAGAAAGAGAAGCUGAACCACUGGAUUCAUGCUUACCUGAGUCGAGCCGAUCAGAACCAUGAUGACAAGAUGAGCUAUGAUGAAGUCCAAACACUGCUGCAGAUGAUCAACAUUGACCUGAAUGACCAGUACGCACGCAACCUCUUCCAGAAAUGUGACAAAUCAGCUGACGGUCGUCUGGAUCACGGUGAGAUUGAAGUUUUCUGCAGGGAGCUGUUACGGAGACCGGAGCUGGAUGCUGUGUUUAUUCGUUACUCUGCUAAUGGCUGUGUGCUGUCCACUGUGGACCUGAGGGACUUCUUCAAGGACCAGGGGGAGGAUGCUUCAGUCACCCACGCCCAGAGCGUCAUCCUCACCUAUGAGCUCAAUGAAUGGGCCCAGAAGAACCAGUUCAUGACCCCCAAUGGUUUCACCAUGUACAUGCUGUCUAAGGAGAACUGUGUGUUCAACCCGGAUCACGCUCGCGUUUACCAGGACAUGAAGCGUCCACUUUCACACUACUUCAUCAACUCUUCACACAACACCUACCUUACCAAGGACCAGCUGACCGGGGACAGCAGCACAGAGCCUUACAUCAGAGCCCUGAAUCAUGGCUGCCGCUGUGUGGAGCUGGACUGUUGGGACGGAGAUAAAGGAGAGCCGGUCAUCUACCACGGACACACUCUCACCUCCAAAGUGCCCUUUGUUGAAGUCAUCGAGACCAUCAACGAGUAUGCUUUUAAAACCUCUCCGUACCCUGUGAUUCUGUCUCUGGAGAACCACUGCUCUGUGGAACAGCAGACGGUGAUGGCCCGACACCUGCGAUCCAUCCUGGGAGACAAGCUGCUCACCAAGCCCCUCAGUGGUCUGGACCCUCACAAGCUGCCUUCUCCUGAGGAUCUGAUGGGUAAAAUCCUGGUUAAGGGGAAAAGGGUGGAUGAGGGGGCGUACAGCUCCUCAGAUACGAGCUCCUCAGAUGAGGAGGCGGGCCGGUCUGAAGGAAAACCGAAGAUGAAGAAGGAGGAACAGAAGCCAGGUGCGUCCAAGCUGAGUCCAGAGCUGUCGGAGCUGGUGGUGUACACUCGAAGUGUUCCCUUUAAAGGCUUCGAACAAACGGCCAAAAACCCAGCAACUGACAUGUCCUCUUUCUCUGAGAGUGAUGCGCUCAGGCUCGCUAAGGACUCAGGGAUACAAUUUGUACGCCACAACAGCCACCAGCUGAGCAGGAUCUACCCCUCAGGCCAGCGCCUCCAGUCCUCAAACUACAACCCUCAGGACAUGUGGAACGGAGGCUGUCAGAUUGUUGCUUUAAAUUUCCAGACACCUGGUGAGCAGAUGGACUUAAACCACGGCCGGUUCCUGCAGAACGGUGAGUGUGGAUACACCCUGAAGCCGCCCUUCAUGUGCUGCCCUGACUCCACCUUCAACCCAGAGAAUGUGGGCGGAGGUCCCGGCCACCGUCCCGUCCUGCUCACCGUAAAGGUGAUUUCAGCCCAGCAGCUGCCCAAACCAGAGUGGGACAAGCCCAGCUCCAUCGUGGACCCUCAUGUGUGGGUGGAGGUACACGGUGCGCCCAUCGACAACGACAAGAAGAAAACUAAUCACAUCGACAACAAUGGUUUUAACCCUCGAUGGGAUUGCACCUUUAACUUUACCGUCCAUGCUCCUGACCUGGCUCUAGUUCGCUUCAUGGUGGAGGACCACGACUAUACCUCAAGCAAUGACUUCUUGGGACAAUUCACCCUGCCGUUCAAUAGUCUGCGUACAGGUUAUCGUCAUGUUCGACUUCGUAAGGUGGACGGCUCCAAUCUUUCGCCUGCCUCAAUCUUCGUCCACAUCAAAGUGUCUCCAUGUCAGAGCAGUCCAUCGAAGUUGUCAGCGAAAUCACCGGCCAAGUGUACGACCAAGAAACCCUGAUCUCACCUCUGACCCAUCACAACGUGAAGGAUGGGAGCCAGCAUGAGGAGAUCUUUGGAGAGAUCUGCAGAAAUCCAGGCAACAAAGAUCAGGGCUCAAGUUUAUGAAACUUACUGAUUACAAGGUUGUUUUUAAAGUGAUGCAGCUAUAUCCUCAGCGGCUCCAUAUUUUGUAGAACAAGAGGAUUCAGUGAAAGUCAAACUGAGCAGUAUUUAAUAUUUAUGAAGAAGGACAACAGUGUGGUAUGUUUUAAAUACAGUAGAGGUAUUUUUUGUAGAAAUCUUUUUGAAUUAUUGAAAGGUGCGAAAACGUAGAAUUGAAAGUACGAAAAUCUUCAUGUGAAAAAUAUUUUUUAGCAAAGGGACAAAAUUUAUGAUGUUUCCACGUACGGCGCAAAUGUGUUUAAACAGGCUUUGGUUAUAGGCAAGAAAAAGUUAAAGAUCAAAAGAGACAAAAUGUGUUAAUUUAAGUACAAUUCCAGGGAGUAAACGCUUAUGUUGAAAUGAAUCUAAAAAAAAAUUCUAAAUGUGAAUGCAGACCAAAUUAUCAAUUGCAACGCUCAAUUUUAAUGCUAACGUGUCUCUUAACACGGAUUCUACAUAAAGAUGCAGGAUCUGUUCUCAGGGGUCUGGAUUUUUAAAAAAGGAAAGCGUUCUGCUGGUUCAGUUUGGUGUACAUUUGUAGUUAAAGUAGUAUUGACCAAUUAGGUGUUUGCAGGAAAAAACAGUCUGUAUGGAGAGCAAAAGCAGGAGGAUCACAAUCCAGCGUAAUGACAUCCCGGCUCCCAUCAUUGGUAAUCUGAGGAUGACUAAUUUCUCUCUAUAAACAGAUAUCUGCAUGAAGAGCAGCUAACAAUCGGUUCUAGAUCAAACAUUUACACUGAGACACAAAUCUGCUUGAUGCCGCACGUAAACAAAUCAGAGUUGACGCCUCAUUUCCACUUUUGGAUGUGUACAGAAGCGAGUCAACUAAAGCCCAUUCAUUAGGAAUCCCUGUGAUAUCCGGCAUGCCCGUGUAACUCCCUUUCUCUGUACGAUUUUGUUUAAAAAAACUUGCUAACAUUUGGCUUCACUGGAAAUACAGAGAAGUUGGCCUUGUCCUUAAGCAGUGUCCCUAGUUAAUGUAUGUGUAACUCUUGGACUUUAAAUUAUCUUAACAGAUGCAUUCUGAAAAAAAGAUCACCUCCCUUACAGUGUGUCUGAACAAAUACAUGAGCUACACAUUUUAACUGUAUUUUAAACCAGGCCGUAAACAGGUUUGAUUCUGCUGCCGUUUUAACAUGAGUGUUAAUGGGGAUUCUCUUUGGAGACAGCCUCUGGUGGACACUCUGGGAAAUGUAGUUCUUUUGCACUUCCUCGUUAGCUUCAUUAUUCAACACUGGAGGUUGCCACUUGGUAAAGACUGGUGAUGGACUAAUGUUAAGUUUAGCUUUGGUUGGGACUGUGCUCCUAAUUUCAACCCCUCAAAAAAGAAACACCCGUCACUGUGACCGGGGAAACCUGAAGCCAAACCUGUUCUUACCAUAGAUGUCUCCUACUAUUAAUUAUAUUGCGUGGCAUGAUGACCAAACUUUGGUGCUAGACUGACUCUGCAUAUUGAACGUUUUUUACCUACAUGUACCUUAUAUUAAUGUUUACUUUACCUUAAAUAACCUAGAAUGCCUGCUGGUUGUAAAUAAAAAAAAAAUCUUACAUAGGGUAUAACAUUUAGUUUUAUUUAGACACUAUUUUCUGCUUUUUGCAUGGAAGUAACCAAAAACAAACAAAAAGCUAUCUGACAGGAUCAGAGGAAAUUAGUUAGGGUUCAGGAUGCUGGAAAAAGAAGUUGAAUAUGCCAGGAUAAUGCAUUACAUAGACUGGAUGGACCUAAGUUUAUUUUAUACUUUCUAGGUAAGUGUAUUUCUAAGAUCCACCAUGAAUAUCUAUUCUUGUGUUUCAUGGUAGAAAAUUUGAAACUUGCUUUUUAAAAUUGGAUUUGGCGAGUGCCAAAUAGUAAUUCAGCCCUUGAUGCUAUUGGCCUCUAAAGCGGAAACUUCCCUAAAACUAUGCAGCAGAAGCAGCAAAAGUUAGAUUAUACAGGAUGUUUCUGUAUCUCCAUUAAGUAAAACAAAAGUUAAGGUCCAACCUAAAUAUUUUUACAGAGUAGCCUUAAUGGAAAAAUUAUUUUGAAGAGAUGACUUUGGUGUAACAUUUUAGAUUGAUACCUUUAUCCUCUGUUUUUAUAAAAAGAUCAUUUUCAUAUACAGUGAAACACUUCAUUAGCAGCUUGCUAGUUUUCUGCACACUGGCCCUGGAGGUCCAUUUUAUGACUGUGAAGAAACAUUUCAGACAAUGCCAAAAACAUUUCAAUAAACAAAACAAUUAUUUCAUGAAAUACAAAAGAAAAUUCACACAGUAAAAAUAUUUCAUGAAAUUUAAAACAUAAAAAAUAUGCAUAAAAACUGAAAACAUUUCACAAAAAACAACAAAUUUAUAAAUACUAAGAUAUUUAAUGGAGGUAGAAGUGAAAUUAUUUUGUAAGAAAAUAAUCCUGUCAAUUAUUUUUGUUACUUUUUUUUGUCAUUCAAAACAAUUUCUGUAUUUACUGACAUGUUUUAGCAUUCAUGAAAUGCUUUUUCAUUUUGGAAUUUUUUUUAUAUUGAAUAUUUUUGUUUUAUGAAAUGUUUUGGCAUUUUCUUGAAUGUUUUUUUGUUUCUUGAAAUAUUUUUGAAUUUAGCUUUUUGUUGUUUAGAUUAUUGAAAUGUUUUAAGGGAUAAUGAAAUGUUCUGUGCAGUAGACCACCAUUAGGGCCACUGUACAUCUGACUCCUCAAAGCGCUUUAUUGUAAUUCAUGCCGUCCAUCCCUUUCACACACACAUUCAUACACUGAUGGAAAAGCCUUUGGUAGCAAUUUGGUGUUCCAAUCUUGAGAUGUGAACCCCAGAAGCCAGAAAACAAACCGUCCUACCUUUUAUCUGUUAUUAUCAAAUACAUAGAUUUAUUUAAUAAGUACGUUUUAGAGUUUUAUAUUGUGAGGAUAAUGUGAUCGGUUAUGCAACAGAAGAAAGAUUAUGUGCACUAGAUAAAUCUGCUGCCUUAUUGUUCGUGGGACUCUCUAAAACGUGGUAUUUUGAAUGGACAGGAUUGUUUUGCAGACCUUCAGCUGUUUCUCUUCCAUCCAGAGCUUGUUUGUUUGCCUGGUCCACACCAAAAGAUUUUAUAAUCUGAACAGAUGUUGAGAAUACGAGAGACCUCACACAUGGAUUAUGUUAAUUAACAACUUUGAAAGCAGAUUAUUUGGAGGGGCAAGGCAACUACAUGCAGACUACAAGGCAACCGCGCCCAUGAUGAAUUCCAUAUUUUUAGUGAGUCCCUGUCAUUAGCUUUUUAGAAGAGAGCAUUUAGACAUGCUUCACAGCUGCAUUGAGUUUCCUGUGUUUGUAUUCGACCUGCUGUUUGGUUUACUUUGACUUUGGAUGAGUUUGCUGUUAAUCCUGGGGACUGUGAUAUGAGUGUUUUGUUACUGUCAGCGUUUGCAGAGAUUAUCAGACAUGUUUGUAUGUUAGAUAUGACUAUGUUAAAUCAUGUACUUGUUAGUUUUAUACAGGGUUGUUUUUGUUUUAGAGAGACAGAUGAUUUUUGUAUGAGUUGGUUUCAGAGCAUCACUAUUUUGUUGUUUACACAUGAACUAUGAAUAUUUAAAGAUGAUCUAGCAGCAAAUUUUAAGACUUGAAGGAAUUUCAUAACUUGGGUAAGGUAUGGCAAGAUAAAGAAACAGCUUACACAACACUAAACAAAAAUAUUGGUGCAAUGAAACAUGCAUGAAACGGGCCAUCAAAUGCAUGAAACAAUCAAAGAGGACAGCCGUUCAGGAGACUUUUUGACUGAUUUAUCUUUAUCUACUUAAAAAGGUUCUUGUGAUUAACAUUUAAAGUUUCAGAGUCAACAAUCUCAGCAAUGUUUCCAACAGUAAUACACUCACACGUAUCAGGAUCUGUCACUGUUAGAACUACAAUGAUCCAUGUUUGAAGGACCAAAGUUGUGACUUUUUAUGUAGCUUUGAAAACAAAAUCUGUUACUGAACAACGUAUUUAUAAUAUCUGAAGUAUUAAACUGUUGCUUUUGUGCUGCUCUAGCUGUAAAGUUAUCAACCUGAUGUUAUUUAUUCAAACAGGUAAUAUAUGCACUAUGGUAGAAUAGAAAUGCAAUAAAACAUUCUAUA